CUCCCACCCGCAGCUUAAUGACAUGGCCAGCAACAGAGAAGAACCUUUAUCUUCGCUGAAAACCCUUGUUGUUGUUGCUUUUUAAAAGGCAAAGAGGAGAAAACUGAGUUGCCUACCCUGGAAACCUGCAGUCGCAAAUAUGCCGCAGAAACCAGGGCAUGUUGCCGGCAAGAUGCUGUGGAUGGUGCCGCGCUAUGCUGAGCUUGAAGGCACCCUCAUCCGGCUGGGCAGCAUCCUCAGCGAUCCGGAGAACCUCGAGACGAGCCUCAAUCUAAACGCCAUCCCCGCGAUCCCCGCAGGUGCGCGCCGCGAUGCCACCCCGCACGUGCGGCAGUAUGUGCGCAGCGAAAUGAAGAAUAGCGACAGCGCGCUGGUCAAGGCCAUGCCGAACCUGCCACUGCUGAGCGCGGGGCUGUCGGGCGACGUGAGGCGGACCGACACGGCUGAGACGACAAUCUGCGCCAUCGAUGUCAAGGCCGAGGUGUUCAUGCCGGACAAGGCCUUCAUGCAGGAGGCGCUCAAGCACAAGGGCGUCAUCGAACACGCCCGCAAGGGGUCGUUUGGGACGCGGCUCUAUGUCAUCGUCGGCGUGGCCACCGCCGGCGAGCUCACGGUCAAGGAGAAGCUAGGCAACGAGCGCCGGGCCGCCGCCCCGGGCCAUUUGGCUGCACCGGGCGGCGCAGGCGAGGGCGAGGCAGGGUUCGAGCAUCAGCGCCAGGGUGAGGUUGACUCGGAGCUCGAGGUGAAGAACUCGUGCGACUUCGCCUACCGUCUGCGCGAGUUCGUCUACACUCGCGUCCGCGGACUGCGGGACAAAGGCGACUAUGGCGAGAACUCCAUGUUCAGCAAAGCCAGCGCCAGCAGCGAUUUCAUCGGUGCCAGCGGCAAGCCCGCCGCCGCCGCCCAGAAGCAGGUCGAGGAGCUGCCCAAGUUCCUAUUUUUCAAGCCGGACGAUGCGGCUGCUCCUGGAAUCAUGACAUUCGUGGUGUCCGCGGAAGCGGCGUGAAGGGCUCACUGCAGCAAUCGGUCUGCUUGGCAGCUUGAAAUGCUGGUGAAUGGUUUCGUGUCAGCCUUGUCGCACGGCACUGACGCAUAACAAGCCGAUGACUGGGUAGGCCCCAUGUGGAUCGGGCAACGAAAGACUUUUGAUUCGUAUUUAAUAGCUGACGCGGCGUCGAGUUUUCUAUGGCUAGCGUCCCGUGCAUUUCAGUGCCCUGGGCGUGGAAGACGAAGGAAAGAAUCAACGCGUCAUUUCCGAUACCGAGUGUUGCCGCGACAUCAUUCAGAAUGGCCCGGUCACAAGAAGCCCAGCGCGUAUACACGUGGUGCUGAGAUAUCCACUGGCAUGUCCCCGUUGCUUCGGCUUCGAUGUCGUGAAGCCGACUGUCCAUUCUCGGGAACGCCAACGAGCUCCAGCAAUCGUGGGGUAGAUUGAUGGCUUCUUUUGUGCCUGUGUAGCUUGAUGAGUUGCGAAUAUGCUAUCGACGAAGCGGCCGUUCAUAUCAAAAUACACCGGGCCGGAGAAGCUGGCACCAGGGAAGUGGUCACCACUGCCUGCACUCUCGUUCACGGUACUCGCAUAAGCGCUGAUAUGAUCCCCAGCACGGCGGUUGCUAUCAAGCCUGUCGUUUUGUCGACCUGACCAAGCCGAGGCCGCUUCCGUGACGCGAAGUCCCCCUCCAUCUCUCCUUCUGUUGUUCAAGGUCUAGUAGUUCGGGUCAGAACCACGGGGACCUUGUCUUCAUCAAGAAAAGCACAGAUACGCGACACGACACCGCCUCAACUGG